AUGGAUUCCGUAUGGGUGACGGCACGCUUAUUGCCGCCUGUGACCGCCUAUUUAGAGGCUGCUCGUGAGGUUUAUCUUACACUUGUCAAUAUGUCUGUCAUCGGGUCCUUAAUUUUCUGCACAGAUUGCGGUAAUCUCCUACGAGAAUCUACUGGCAAUGCGGAUGCGAUUCUGCACUGUGAUGUCUGCGGCACUCGGAACAAAGACACAAUUCCUCAAACAACCGUGUCCGAGUCUAAGCCCUCCGCAUUCCCCUCAUCAUUGAGAGCCAAACGAUCGGCAGUCCAGACCCUAUCAGCAGAGGACCGGAAGACUGAGGCUAUUAUCGAUCGUACAUGCAACGAAUGCGGGAGGAAACAGAUGUUCUACACUACGGUCCAACUUCGCAGUGCCGAUGAAGGAAGUACCGUGUUCUACAGAUGUGUCUGCGGAUUCAAGUAUGCCCACCCGCCUUAA